GUCGACACACAACCUUGUCACGCACGCACAGGCACAGUUAAUUAACUCGCCCCGCUCAGCUCUGUCCGUGUCCGUCGACUGUACAUCUCCGUCGCCAUCCGGCAACCCCCCUCCUGCUUCAUUUCUCGAUCUCUCCUCCUUGUGUCACUCUCCUACCUCCACCUCCUCCUCCAUAGCUGCUGCCUCUAGCUAUAAAGGCUGGAGCUCUGUGUGCCAUGUGAGACCCCUCCUCUUCAUCGUCCUCCUAUACUCUCUAGCUUUCGCGCUCUGUCCGGCCGUCCUCCUCAUUCGGCUAAUGGGGUUCCCGGCGGUGUACUCGGAGAUGCCCAGGCUGCUGCUGAACCUCCUCUUCCUGCUGGGCCACCUGCGCCGCCUCUCCUCAUGGCUGCUCCGCCUCGUCGGCGCCGGCGUCGACGACGACCUCUGCUUCGACUACUCGGACGCCUCCGACUUCGCCGACCACCACCAGGAGCAAUACCAACACCAACACCAACACCGCGACCACGGCCUGGAGGAGCUGGAGGAGCACUCUCCGGCCGUGCGCUUCGACGCGCUCUCCGCUGCUUCCGACGGAGACGACGGCACGGCGCUGCUGCCGGAGGGCUGCGCGGUGUGCCUCGGCGACUUCCACGGCGCCGCCCGGGUGCGUCGGCCGCGCGGGUGCCGGCACGUCUUCCACCGCGGAUGCCUCGACCGCUGGGCCGCCCACGGCCACCGCACCUGCCCGCUCUGCCGGGCGCCGCUCCUGCCGCCGGCGCCGGCGUCUCUGGGUCCCGUCCUCCUGCCCAUGCCGCUGCCGGCGUCGUGAUUGGUUGAGAGCAAGCUCGUUCGGGUUUCUGUUUGCAUAUAUGUUCGGCGACUAUUCUUGAGGGAUCCUGAGGAGAGGGUUCCGAAUUUAUCGCUUCCGGUUGGGUUUUUAUGCAAAAGCAAGCUCCAACCGGUGAGGUCAGAGCGCAGCAACGGCCAUUGGCGGAGAGGCGUCGAAAUAUUUUCCGAUGACCCCCUCGCAUGGAGUGGCUAUUACAGAACGACCCCCAAGGAAGGGGAUUAGUUCCUGCUUUGAGCUUUGGUUUGGCUUUGGAGUUUGGACUCGAAUGGAUUAGGUGUCCGCUGCAAAAUCCAUAUACCAAGAAAGAAGAAGAGGAGAACAUAUGUACAUCAGACUUAGAUUAGUGGAAGUAAAUAGAGGGGUGAAUCCGAAUAUAUGCACAGCUUUUGCUCUGCUCACUUUUUUUUCCCUUUUCAUUCUUGUUAUAAGGUUUCACUAGACCCAGCAUUUUUCAUCUGUAUACUACUCCUUCUCAAGGGGGUUGGAGAUGCCUCCUGUUUUGCUACAUGUUUUUUUAUAUAUAUUACAUGCUCUGCUGGAAA